AUGUUGACAGAAACAACAGCCUCUACCACGGCCACAUCAAAUCAACGUUCUCAUUAUCAACCGUAUCAUUCACAAGCAACACAGCAGCAAUAUGCUCAACAUCAACAAGCAAAUGCUAUUCGCUCACAACAACAGGUGAAAAUAACUAAUAAUAAUAUAAGUAACAAUGUCGAAACAAAACAACUAGUAAAAGCUCCAAAUAUACCAGAUAAUCUCGAUCGUUCUUCAUCAUCUUCACUAGUUAAUUCAUCAGCUCCAUCCGCCUAUGAAUUACAUCAUGCUGUCCGAAUUGGUGAUAUUCAAACAAUAUUAAUAUUACACAAUCGUUUACGUCAUGGUGAACAAUGUUUAAUCGAUAAUAAUGGUCAUACACCACUUUAUGUAGCAAUUGAACACGGUAGAGGAAAUAUUGUCGAUUUAUUAUUACAUUUAGGCCAUAAUCCGUAUUGUAUAACAAUAAACCGUGAAUCAGCAUUGAAUACAGCAAUACUCUAUAAUCGAUAUGAUAUUGUUGAAUAUUUAUUAAAUCGUGGUUAUCCGGUUGAUCAUUGUGGAUUUGAAAAUAAAAUACCAUUAGAAUUAGCUCUUGAGUGUAAUCAUGGUCAUAUUGUCAUCUUAUUAUUAAAAUAUAAUUGUAAUUGGCGUUAUGUUGAAAUGAAAAAAUCGAUAUCAUUAGUAGAAUGGGCAUUGAAACAUCAAUAUCCAACAAUAUUAGGCGUAUUAAUUGAUUUGUAUGGCGAUGAUGAAAAUGUUUUUAAUGCUAUAGGCAAUACAUGCUGCACAUAA